GGGAGGAGUGGGAGGAGGGAGGCAGGGACAGUCUAGCAGGUUCAUGUGCCUUUUAGCCCGUCAGCCAGCAGCAGAUCUGAACCAGUGCAUGCAGAUAGAUCUCUUCUGUCUAUCCUUCCUACACACAUUUCCCAUAAGACGGAGUACUGCAAGAUGGGGAAGAAGAUGAAGAAAGGCUGUGACUGCAAGAGGAUCCUGAAGAACAACUGGCUGCUCAUCGUCACCGUAGUGGCAGUGGUUUUAGGUAUCGGUCUUGGUGUUCUGGUACGGGAAUAUGGAAAUCUUUCAAACUUGGACAAAGUUUAUUUUGCUUUUCCCGGAGAGAUUCUGAUGCGGAUGUUAAAACUCAUCAUUUUACCAUUGAUAGUAUCCAGCAUGAUCACAGGCAUUGCCGCUCUGGACUCAAGCGUAUCUGGAAAAAUCGGUCUUCGAGCUAUUGUGUAUUACUUUUGCACCACAGUCAUAGCAGUUGUUUUAGGAAUUGUACUGGUGGUGAGCAUCAAGCCAGGGGUGUCUCAAAAUGCGGAUGAUAUUGACAGAACAGGAAGUACUCCAGAAGUAACUACAGUUGAUGCCCUACUUGAUCUGAUUAAGAACAUGUUUCCCGAAAACCUGGUCCAGGCAUGCUUCCAGCAGUACAAGACCAAGAGAGAAGAGGUGAUACCAACCAAAGAUCCUGACAAGAACAGUACAAUUGAGAAGAACAGCACUCUAGAUCUAUUUGCGACAGAACAACAGAACCAAACAAAGGAAUUCAAGCUUGUUGGCGUCUACACCGAUGGAGUGAAUGUCUUGGGUCUUAUUGUCUUCUGCAUUGUAUUUGGAAUUGUCAUUGGGAAAAUGGGAGAAAAAGGGCAAGUUUUGGUGGACUUUUUCAAUGCAUUGAAUGAAGCGACAAUGCAAAUAGUUCAGAUUAUCAUGUGGUACAUGCCCCUUGGUAUCUUGUUUUUAAUUGCGGGGAAGAUCAUUGAAGUUAACGACUGGGAAAUAUUCCGCAAGCUAGGACUUUACAUGGCAACCGUAUUAAGUGGACUUGCCAUCCAUUCUAUUGUUAUUUUGCCAUUAAUAUAUCUUGUGAUAGUCCGAAGGAAUCCUUUCAAAUUUGCAAUGGGCAUGGCUCAGGCUCUACUGACAGCACUCAUGAUAUCAUCUAGCUCAGCAACGUUACCUGUAACUUUCCGAUGCGCUGAAGAAAAUAAUAGGGUGGACAAGAGGAUCACAAGAUUUGUUUUACCAGUAGGAGCCACAAUCAACAUGGAUGGCACAGCUCUGUAUGAGGCAGUAGCUGCAGUUUUUAUCGCACAGUUAAAUGAUAUGAAUUUAGAUGUUGGCCAGAUUGUCACAAUAAGUGUAACGGCAACAGCAGCCAGCGUGGGAGCUGCAGGAGUACCUCAGGCUGGCCUGGUUACCAUGGUGAUUGUUCUGAGCGCUGUGGGUCUUCCAGCUGAUGAUGUCACUCUUAUAAUUGCUGUUGACUGGCUUUUGGAUCGAUUUAGAACCAUGGUAAAUGUUCUUGGUGAUGCUUAUGGAACUGGAAUAGUAGAGAAGCUCUCAAAGAAAGAAUUGGAACAAAUGGACGUCUCAUCACAAGUGAACAUAGCCAAUCCCUUUGCCAUUGAUCAAGGUAUACUUUCAAAUGAAGACGAAGACGAUGAAGGGAAGAAGUCCUAUGUGAAUGGAGGAUUUGCUGUUGAUAAGUCAGAUGCCAUAUCUUUCACCCAGACAUCACAGUUCUAAAAACAUUGGGAAUGCCAACUGUUGUGGGACUUCAAGGAACAUUGAAUUGAUUGACAUAUAAAGUAAAGACAGCAAGAUGAGUUGUUUUUUUACAUUUGGACAGAGGAGCUUAUUUUUCUUUCUUUUAUUUGGGGGGGGGGGGGGGGGUGCUCACUGUGAGCAAGUAUGCAUAAAGAAGAGUUGAAAAUACUUCACUUUUAUAAUACUGUCUUAUGGUAUCUAAAUACCAAUAUUUGGAAUGUAUUAUCAGACUUAGCAUGUUCAUUGCCUGGGGUUUUUCUUAUCCUGGCCAAUAAUGUGAAUCUUGGAUAAGCUCUUCUGAAGCACAGCAGCACAUUACUAGGCUUAUUCAAUAAUGCAAAGAGCAGAGUGAAAUGUGCAGUCACCCAUUGCAAGCAGUCAAUGUCUUUCUUUUAUUGGCUUGACUAAAAUAGCUGAAAUCUGAUUGGAUCCUAGGGAUUAAUGCUAUUUCCACAUUGUCACAGCUCUGUCUUGUUUAACUGAAAAAGCUUGCACGUUCUCUCUCUUUGGUUAAAGGACCAUUUAAUCUUGAAAUGGAAGUUGCCUUAUAUAAAAGGAUCUGGUGUCAGUACUCACAUUGGGAAUGUAAGCUUUGCAGGAGUCAGUUAACACAGUUGAUACAUUUUCAUAGGUGAAGCAUUAAUAGCGUAUAUGUUGACAAAUUUGGGACUUGCAUCGAUGGGAACAUGUAAUGUGCUCAAACAUCAGAUUGAGUAGCUUCUGAGAUCAUUGAAAGGUACACUUGGUCUCCUUCCAAGCUGAAUUUGACCACUGUCAGUCUGCUUUUGCAUUUCCAUAGACUUGUAUGGAGAGAAGCAGUUCUGACACAAACAAACGCUGAAGGCCCUUACCAAUGACAGGACUUACUACCACAACAUAGGUUCACUUUAAAGCCUACAUAUAACAAAGAGCAGUGAUUUGUAAUAAUCAGUAUAAGAGUUUUUGUUCAGUGUUACUUAUACAGUAUAACAUUUGUAUUGGAUCAUAUUUCAUGGCUUAGUGAUCCUUUUUACAGUAUAACAUUUGUAUUGGAGAAUUUUUCAUGGCUUGGUGGUCCUUUUUACAGUAUACCAUUUGUUAUUGGAUCAUUUUUCAUGGCUUAGUGGUCCUUUAAACAAAUCAUACAUUGUAAAUGACUGUGUACAGCAGUAUUUAUCUGUAUAUUGUGCCAAAUCUAUUUUCAAAAAAACUUACCAUUUUCCAUGUUAUUGUCAAAAUCAAAGAACAUUACUUUUUCAAGUCUUCCAGGGGACUUCUGCAUAGUAAGAUUCAGUUUGCCUUAGUUCUGGACUCAUGCAAUAAAGGAUAUGUAUAAUGCAGCUCUAUUUAUGAAGCAUGUAAGCAUUGUUACCAUUGCAGAGCAUACCAUUUUGCUAGCCAAAAGGUUAGGAGGUAUUCCUAUUCUUCGAGGAGCAGUGUUCUCUUGAUAUAUCAGUGUGCCAUUCUUUGUUAUAAGCAAGAGGUUCAAUAGACAUCAUUUUCCAAAUAAAAUCUAAUUGAUGCUGAGAAUUAA